AUGGCGCAGGCAGAGACUUCUGAAGUUCUUAGGACUAUUAGAACUGUGUUCACUGCAAUAGAAAGAAAUAUUCUGGAAGGGUCUGUGAUUGAUUCUGAUACUAAGAAUUUAUUGCAAAAUGCAAAACACAACUUUGAUAGAAUUUCAUCGGCAUUACCAGAAAAUAUUAGAGUACAAUUGAGAGACUGUUUUGAGGAUUUGAUACCACGAAUUGAAAGAUAUGAUGCCAGAAACUCUCCACCAGUUAUCAACAACUUUCUUGCUACGCGCAUUAAAGAAGGUCAGUUUGGUAUGCCAAAAGUUGAAAUCUCAAAAGAACAACUGAAGCUUUUAAUUUCACAAGGAUACACUGGGAAAAGAAUUGCAGAACACAUAGGAUGUUCUGCAUCUUAUAUUUAUAAACGCCUGAAAACUGAGGGUCUGUCACCAAGACAGAAAUUCAGCAGUAUAACAGAUAAUGAACUGGAUGAAGAAUGCAAAAGACUACAAGCAAGUUGUCCAAAUGCCGGUUCUGAGAUGAUGUCAGGAAUGCUAAGGGCAAGGGGAAUACAUGUACAAAGGGACAGACUUGACGCACAUUGGCUAGACUUGACCCAAUUGUAUAUGGCACAUUGA